CUCAUUCCAACUCUGAUACGGACAACGAUUUUGUACCAUUCAUUUUAUUUUCUAUUGGGAUGUUUUUCAAAUAUUUUAACUUGUGUGUGCAUGUUUGUGUGUGUGUGUGUUCACUGAGUUAAACUUUUUAAUGAAAGUGUGAAUUCAGCACUGUGGACUGCUAUUAUCAUAUUUUAGGUGAAUUCGUAUACGUUCAAGAGAAAAUAUUAAACGCAUUACAAUUAAAGACUAUCGAUGCAUACUUACGUCUGAACUCUGAAUUUUUAGAACACCUACAGAAACUCCGCUAACAGUAACGUGACCCGGCGGAACCUUUACAGUGGAAGGAACGGAAGUGAAAUUUGGAGGAAGGAAAUAAAGAGCGGACAGUUUAAACUGUGGUUGGAAGGUUUGUUUGGUUGUUGGUUAAACUAGCAGUCAGUCAAAUUGUACUUACACAAUACAAAUCAAAGCUUGAAGUUUCUGUUUGAACUGAAACAUUUCAACCGGAACUAGGAGUGAGCAAUGGAACAUCGCGGGAUACGCCGUGCAGCCGCACAGCCUGCUGGGUAAUAUGUUAACGACAAAACUGCGUUGAUUGGAGCUGCGCGGCGCGUUGACACGGAAAGUAAGGACUAAUUUAAGUCAAAAUAAAAUCAAAAAGUGGACUGAAUAAACAGAUAAAAAGUAGAAGUGGCGGAAGCUGCUGAAGCCAUGUCUGUCUCUCUGUCAGCAGAGAGAGACAGGAUCCAGCGACAGGUGGAGCAGCUGGAGCAGAGUCUGGCUGUAACACACACUGAACUGGAGCUGCUGAGUAGUGAGACAGAGGACGAAUCGGAUGGUGACGACACAGAGGAGGGGGCGGGACAGUCUGCAGCAGGUCUCUUGGCUCAGAGAGAGAAGAUCCAGAAGGAGAUACAGAAUCUGGAGAAUGUCCUGGGACCGCACAGUUCCACCUGUGUGUCAGAUGAUGACAGCAGCAGCAGUGAGGAGAGCGAGCUGGGUCUGUCUCUGUCCGUGGACUCGUGCAUUCAGAUGAACCUUGUAUACCAGCAGGUGGUUCAGGAGACUCUGGACCAACUUGAGAUGCUACUGACACACAACCGCAAACAGCAGAAAGAGGUGGUGUCUCAGCUGUCUGGACCAAUCAGAGAGCCUUUGAGAGAGCAGCUCCCGCCUUCCUCCUGCCAGCCGUCAGUCAACUUGUUCCUGGGACGCUUCCUCAAGCCAUACUUCAAGGACAAACUGACAGGGCUGGGUCCCCCAGCCAAUCAGGAGACAAAGGAGAAGGCCAGUAGGAUGACCGGUUGUCUGGACAACAAGAAGCUGAAAGUAAAGCGAUGGGAGAGCUGGCAGAAGACUCUGCUCAUCCACUCAGUGGCCAGAGAUGGACUGAGGAGACUCACCCAACCCAAACUGUCCAAGGUGGACUACCUGAGUCAGAAGCUGUCGUCAGCUGUGGAGACAGACAGGCAGCAGCUCAGAGAGCAGAUAGACAGUCUGGAGAGAGAAAUCAGCUUACUCAGAAAGAAGAAGGAGGAGGAGCUGAUUGGUGAUCGGUAUGAAGAACAUGAUUGGCAGAAGAUCUCUAAUAUUGAUUUUGAAGGAACGAGGGAUGCAGACGAUAUCCGUAGUUUCUGGCAGAACUUUCUCCACCCGUCCAUCAAUAAGACUCGGUGGAGUCAGGAGGAGGUGGAGAAACUGAAGGAAGUCAGCAGGAGACAUGGAGAGAGACACUGGGAGACCAUCGCUGCAGAGCUGGGGACGGGGAGAACGGCCUUCUUGUGUCUUCAGACCUUCCAGCGUUUUGUCUCAGAUUCGUUGAGACAUGGAAGCUGGACUCCAGCUGAAGACACUCUCCUCAGGGAGCUGGUGGACAAGAUGAGGAUUGGAAACUUCAUCCCCUACACACAGAUGAGUUACUUCAUGGAAGGUCGUGACCCCGCUCAGCUGAUCUACAGGUGGAACCAGGUGUUGGACCCGAGCCUGAAGAAGGGCCCGUGGACUCAAGAGGAGGACCAGCUGUUGUUGCGGGCUGUCUCUCGUUAUGGAGAGAAGGACUGGUGGAAAAUCAGGUUGGAGGUCCCUGGUCGCCAUGACAGCGCCUGCAGAGACAGAUAUUAUGACUGCCUGAAGGCAGACACAAAGAGAGGACCGUUUGACAAACAGGAGAAAGAGCUGCUUCUGAAGCUGGUGGAGAAACAUGGAGUUGGUCGCUGGGCAAAGAUCGCUGCUGAGAUCCCUCAUCGUAAUGAUGCUCAGUGUCUUCGAGAGUGGAGGAGACUGAGCAGACCACCCCCUUCUCAGAAAGAUCCAGAAGCUAAAAAAGUGAGUUGCAGAGGAGCGAAGAAGAAGGUUACCCCAGCCAAAAAGACAAUCAGGAGACGACAGGUAAAAGUGAAGGAGGAAGAGAUCAGUGAGGAGGAGGAGGAAGAGGAGGACAUGGUGGUGGAGUACAUGGACAGUGAUGAAGAGCCGAAGAAGAAGAAGAAGAAGAAAGAAAUGAAGGAGGUAGUGGAAGUGUUGAGGACUGGGGAGGUGGAGAAGGAGGAGGAAGAGGAGGAGUAUACCUUCCCUCCCAUGCAGGAGUGGGCUCCAGCAGAAAAAGCAGAAUCUUUUACCUUGCUGAGCUUUCGGCCAGUUGAGUUACCUUCCUCUGGAGACGCCCACAAAGGGAUACCAUUCCGAUCAACCAUCCUAGGCCAAUUGGGACGCUCCGAGAUCAUCGGGCCGCCUCCCAGAGAGCUGCAGUGGGAGAGGCGCCACAGCACCAGCACUCUGAUGAUGGUGUCUCCUGACCAGCUGCGAGCCCACCUGUGCCGCCAGGUGGACAAGUACAACAACCUGAGCUCCAGGCCCCAAGAGAAGGUCCAGUCCGGUAAACAGAACCACCUGAGCCGCGCGAGGGACAAAGUGCUGGACUAUGAGCUGCAGGUUGCAGUGUUGCCAUGGAUCGGCAAUCUGCUGAUCCCGGCAAAAACCAGACUGACGAUAGCCGAUGCCCUGAGGGAGCAAGGUGAGAAGACACGACUUUCCUCAACUCCAGUCUUCACGCUCCUCCUUCAAACCAUGAAUGUAGACUCUGUAGGCUGUAAGGAGAUGAUAGAGCAGAGACGAAACAGGGUGAUGUUGCUCACACCUCCUGUAGAUCCCUCCCCUGUCCGCAUGAAGUCCCCCAAAACCAUUGCAGGAAUCCUGCAGCGGAGGAAGGUGCAAGAGGAGCAUCAGGGGUUAGACCAGCAGCACAAACUGAUCCUGAACCAGAUUCAGUUUCUGCGCCAACACGAGAAACAGAAACAGCUGCUGCUUAAACAGCAGCUACGACCACAACAACCCCAGCAACUAAUGCUGCUGCAGCAACCUCCUCUUCCCCGUUUACCAUCGAUGCCUUCUCAGAAUCGCCGUGAAUUUCUUCUUCAGAUGCCUCCUGUGUCGUUUCCUCAGGCUGUCCUCAUUCCUCAGCCUAUUGCACAAUCUCAGGCUGCCUCCAACCAACUCAUGCCUCCCUCUUCCCUGACCGUACCACCUCCAGCUCCACACAGACCUGCAGCACUCACUUCUCCCUUGCCUGCUCCUACCAGACCGACUGUCCUUCCUGUCUCUGCAGUCCCUGUGGCCUUAAAUGCCACAUCUCCCUUCGUUGCCUCUUUCCACCAACAAGCUGGGUCUUUGACUCAAAACCUCGACCCUUGUCCUGCCCUCAGUCCAUCAAGCUCCACCCCAAAUCCACCGAAACGGGGUAGGCGCAAGGUGUCAGAGGAUCCGCAGGCCUACUGCAGCGGUCCAAAUGAGGUGGAAGGUAAUGGUGCGGGUGGAGAGUGUACAGGUUUGGACAGGGCAGGUGAUGGUGGGAGUGAGGAAGGAAGGAGGACUCGGAAGCCGACUGUGAAGGCCAAAACUCUGCGGGAAGCCACUGAUGCCAGGGCUGAAGCCAAGAAGAAAGCUGCUGCAUCUCCAAGAAAGGAAGCUCAGAUCCAGACCACAAAUACUCCUCCUCAGUCCGUCAUCCCUGUUCCUUCUCCUGUUGCUUCCAUCCAGCUGACACCUCCUCAGGCUCCUCAACUGACCACACCUCCUGCCCCUCCUCCUUCUGCAGUCAUAUUCUCCCCACUGCUCAAAGCUGGUACUGCCUCCCCUCCCCGUCUCAGUCUGGACGUCCCUGCUGUCUCUACAACAUUGUCCAAGAUGACCCAGAACGCCACACCUGCCUGCUCUGAUACAACUAUGUCAUCAACUCAGAACUGCGGUUCAGGCCCACCCUCCUCAGUAUGGACCAAUCAGCACAGAGCUUCCUUUGCUUCAAGCCUACCUGUUCCCUUUCAUAAUGAUCAUGACUAUGUUUCUUUGAAUCUUGGCCCCACCCCGAGUCCACAUGUCUCUGAGUCAGUUCAGGUUGGCGCCAUCCCCAAGAACAUCUGCUGUGAAUCUGACCCUGUGACCGUCAAGCCUUCCAGAGUCCUGCCCAGAGGAACGAAACGAGUGAGGGUGGAGGAGCAGACGAAUGUGACGGGCAGUCAGAAUGACCAAAGUGGGACAGGUACAGGUGUGACACCAGAGGGAAAGAGAGUUCGGAAGCCAAGUCAGAGGGCCAGAGCUCUUCAGGAAGCUGCUCAGGCCAAGGUUGAAGCCAAGAAGAAGAGAACUUCUUCUCCUUGUAAGAAGCGCUCUCGUAUGUCUCACUCAAAGGAGGAAGUUGUUGUACAGAACCAGACUGUGACUCCGCAGCCCGGGUUUUGUUUACAUCCUGGUCAGUCCAUGUGGGCCAUGACGUCUGGUGGGCUGGUCCAACUAGCAGAGGCCCCACCCCUAGGCAUGCAGCUGGCUUUAGUGCCAAGCCCAGACCCACAUCAGUCAGUCACACCCCCUCUGCAACUCAAAGCUGGCAGUCCACAAACCGUCCUACCUAAACCCACUGCAGUGUCUGUCCCCGUAAAUGUGCCUGGAGACAACCAACCCCAUCCUCUUCAUGUCCUGCCCACCAGCCCCUCCAAGUCCCUCCCCCCCACCAUCAUCCUGCAACCUGUCCCAAACCCUGUCUCCUCCCCCCUGGCCAACAGCCAGCCCCAGCCUGCACCAAAGCUCUUCAUGCCAUAUAAGGGUACGGUCAGAACGGACCCUGCAGCGCCCCCUCCCCUACGGAGGGAGGGACUGCAGUUUGACCCCUUGCUCAUGUUUCAGGAAUCCCGGGCAGCAGUGUGUGAUUGGCUGAGCGGUCGGGGAGGAGUGGUGGUACCUGGAGCGGAUGUGUCUCUUCCCUACCUGCCCCCCUUCGUCAGCAGUCUGAACUCGCUCAGUGCGCUACUCCGAGCCCAAAAGUCUCUGACCAAAUCAUCCCUGCAGUUGUUGUCUCGAGGGUCCAAACCCCGACACCCCCAAACCCAACCCAGACCUGACAGCAGCACCCCGGGAACAUCCAGUCAGCCUCCAGACCAGCCAGACUCCACCUCUGAUCUGAGCCCAGCCGUGGACAAACCAGCUCCCUCUGUCAGCUGCGACCUCCCGCAGGAGGAAGCAGAGGAGGCGGAGCUCGUGGCGGCAGUGCGUCAACUGGUUGCAGAGCGUUUCUCAGGUAACCCGGCAUACCAGCUGCUGAAGGCCCGCUUCCUGUCCUGCUUCACUCUCCCCGCCCUCCUGGCUACUGUGCAACCAAUCACAGAGAAGACUGUGGUCCACCAGGCCAAUGAGGAGGAGGAAGAGAAAGAGGAAGAGGAGGUGGCAGAGAUGAAGAAAAUCAAAGAGAGAGUGAAACAGCGGAGAGCAGAGGUGAGAGAUCUUUACUGCCAUGUGACGAGUCAGGAGCUCCAGCCAGUCACUUCUCAGGUAUUACCAACACCGUCACUCCCACGACUGCCCGGACCAGACCGGACCAGACUGGACAUGCAGAAACUGGACUAUGAGCGUGUCGUGAAAACCACAGGUCUAAUCAUUUAGCUCACGUGUUUAUCUUUAUUUAAACAUGUUGGAUUAGUUUAGAAACAUUCAUGGUGGUCUGAUGAAAAAGCUUUUGAGGUUUGGAAAAGUCAGUCAUUUAGAAAUAAGCGGGUUUCUCUGGGCACAGAUGAGAUGUUUUUAGUCUUCUGCGUUGACUUCAUUCCUGUUUUUGUCUUUUCUGAAGUUAAACUUUGACGUUUGAGGUCUCAGUGUCAACGGCUGCAUUCAAAAACCCUCUGAAGUCUGACAUUUCGGAGUUGGUGGAGUUUUAGAGUCCGAUAACUGGAAUCAGUAGCUAAUUCUCAAAAGUCCAAUUGUCUUUGAAUGCACCCAGAAAAAAUCAACACAAUCAGUUAAAUAACAGCCAACAGCUUGGAAGUUUGAAAGUUUCAGUGCAGUUAAAUUUCUGUACAAAUGAAAUGAACCUUUUAUGCUUAAAUUAAGCAUACAAAAUAUAGAAUUAAGCACUAUAGAACUGAUUACUGGAAUGUGGUCAGCAGGGAUAAGAAGAUGAAUGAAUUAACAGAUGAGUUCGCUGCUCUGUGGUGUGUUCAGGAGCCUUCGAGUUAUAAACUGAUGAAACUGCAUUAAUAUAAUGUGUUGGUUUUGGUUGUUUUCCUGUUUACUUUUUAUUAAGCUCCUGUAAAUAAAAGGUUCUGUAAUUAUCGACUGAUAAUUUCGUAAUAAAGAUAAAGUUCAUGUGAAA